GCAGAGCUUCCCUGCGCAAAAGACACAAUCGGCAUAGAUCUGAUUGUAGUUCGAGCGGGUCUCACAGACAAACAUCGCCUGUGCGGUCUAUGCCACCGGAUCAACGCACUCUAUCAGCCCUCGACGAGCAUGACAUGUCACAACAUCACAUUGCUGAAGAGUCAGAACCAAUGGGACAAGAUGAUGACAAUUUGUCUCAGUGCUCUUUGGCUUUGAGUCUACAGGAGCCAACAUCUGCUGUGGCUGACGAGUCUAACACAAAUCAUCAUCAUAGUAGCAAGACUCAACAUAAACGCAAGGUCGGAGUCGCAAACCAAUCAUAUUUUCAACCUGCUCCAAGACAUACCUUGCCACUCCGACGAAUUGUCAUUGGACAACGAGCUCCCCCUGCUUUACUGACAGACAAGAUAUUAACUAAUGAGGAAGCUAUUGAAUUAUUCCAGAUCUUUUUUGACAAAUGCAACCCACAGUAUGUCUUUAAUAGAUCUCUUGCAGAUUUCACAACACUAUCUCUUGGUCAAUUCCUCAUUUUAAGGUGAACUUUCUAAUCUUACCUCUAUGAUUAUUGUAGCUGCUGUAUUCUCGAGCAAGACUUUCACACACCUACAAUAGUCGGAUCUUGUUCGCCGUUCUUAUUCACCUUCAUCUGUGCUGUGGCAUCUCGAUACUAUGCAAAAUGUCAAAAGCUAUAUCUCGAU